AGCCCCCUUCUUCUCUUCCUCCACUUCUCCUUCCGCGGUGUCUUCCCUCUUUUCCCGUUUCGCCCCCUUGUUUCCCGUAGCCUGCCGGUUCGGGGGGUCGUUUAGUUCAGCGAAACAAGAAAAGGCCGGCGGCGCACUUAGGAAAGGGGGAAGAGAGGGUUGAGAGGGAUUUUCUUUCUCUCUCUUCCCCCCCUCCGGUCAGUUCUGUGGGCAGAAGACCCUCAGGUGCGCCCGUGAUACCUCUGGCCAACUCAGAGUGGGGGGGAGUUUGCUCUUCCUCCCCCCUCCCCCGAAUGCGAGGCCGCCCUUCCCCCAUUUAAGCCAGGAACGCCACUCAUAAGGGUCGGAGAUCAGCAAAUGGUGAUGAGCCUCCGGGUUUCUGAACUGCAAGUGCUUUUGGGAUACGCAGGAAGGAACAAGCACGGUCGCAAACACGAGCUCCUUACAAAAGCCCUACAUUUGCUCAAGGCUGGCUGCAGUCCUGCUGUCCAAAUGAAAAUCAAAGAACUUUACAGGCGGCGGUUCCCUCAGAAAAUAAUGACUCCUGCAGACUUGUCUAUCCCCAGUGUCCACCCAAGUUCCAUAUCAGCCACCUUGUCACCAUCUACCAUUCCACAGCUUUCUUAUGAUGGCCACCCUCCAACUUCACCAUUGCUCCCUGUUACUCUCAUGGGACCUAAACAUGAACUGGACUUGCCUCACCUUACUUCAGCACUCCAUCCUGUCCAUCCAGAUAUAAAGCUCCAGAAGUUACCCUUUUAUGACUUGUUGGAUGAACUGAUAAAACCAACCAGUCUAGCAUCAGAUAAUAGCCAGCGAUUUCGGGAAACUUGCUUUGCAUUUGCCCUGACUCCACAGCAAGUGCAGCAGAUUAGCAGUUCAAUGGAUAUUUCUGGAACCAAAUGUGACUUCACUGUGCAGGUCCAGCUAAGGUUUUGCUUAUCUGAAACCAGUUGCCCACAGGAAGAUCACUUCCCACCAAAUCUUUGUGUGAAAGUUAAUGGAAAGCCAUGUAGCCUUCCCGGAUAUCUUCCACCAACUAAAAACGGGGUUGAACCAAAGCGACCUAGUAGACCAAUCAACAUCACCUCACUUGUGCGGCUGUCCACAACAGUACCAAACACGAUCGUUGUCUCAUGGACUGCAGAAAUAGGAAGAACUUACUCUAUGGCAGUCUACCUUGUCAAGCAGCUGUCGUCUUCUGUAUUGCUGCAGAGGUUACGGGCAAAAGGCAUAAGGAAUCCUGACCAUUCUAGAGCACUAAUCAAAGAGAAAUUAACAGCAGAUCCUGACAGUGAAAUAGCAACAACCAGUUUACGAGUUUCUCUUCUGUGUCCACUUGGUAAAAUGCGGCUAGCAAUACCCUGCAGGUCUCUGACAUGUUCACACUUGCAGUGUUUUGAUGCCACUUUGUAUAUUCAAAUGAAUGAGAAGAAACCUACCUGGGUUUGUCCUGUCUGCGACAAGAAAGCACCCUACGAACAUUUAAUAAUUGACGGGUUGUUCAUGGAAAUCUUGAAGUAUUGUACAGACUGUGAUGAAAUUCAGUUUAAAGAAGAUGGGUCAUGGGCUCCUAUGAGAUCAAAAAAAGAGGCACAAGAGGUGUCUGCGUCUUUCAAUGGUGUAGAAGGCUGCAUAAAUUCUGCUGUGGAUCAUCAGGUAUCUUCCCAUCAGUCAAACAAAAAUAAGAAGGUUGAGGUGAUUGACUUAACAAUUGACAGCUCAUCAGAUGAAGAUGAAGAGGAGCCCUCUAUCAAGAGAAGCUGUCCUUCCCUGUCUCCUGCAUCCCCCAUUAACAACAAGAGUGUUUUAGGUCUGCCACACCAAGUCUCUCCUGUUUCAAGAACCCCAAGCCUUCCACCUGUUGACACAAGCUACAUCAACACGUCACUUAUGCAAGACUACAGGCACCCGUUUCAUAUGACGCCCAUGCCUUAUGACCUCCAAGGGUUGGACUUCUUCUCUUUCUUACCAGGAGACAAUCAGCAUUACAGCACUUCCCUUCUGGCUGCUGCAGCUGCAGCCGUAUCUGCUUCAGAUGAUCAAGAACUCUUGCACUCCCGGUUUUUCCCAUAUGCUUCAUCACAGAUGUUCCUGGAUCAGUUAAAUGCAGGAGGGAACACCCCGCUUCCAACCACAAAUGGCAGCAACAGUGGCAGCAACAGCAGCCUUGUGUCAUCCAACAGUCUGCGAGAGACCCAUGGCCACCCUGUUGCCAACAGAAGUAGUACAGAUACAGCUUCUCUCUUCGGUGUGAUCUCAGACAUCAUUUCCUUGGACUGAGUUGUUCUGCUAUGUUUCCGAACUUCCUGGAUGAGAGAUUUGGGGUUUUGUUUUAUCUUAUUUUGUUUAGAAGCGCAGAAGAGUUUUUCCUUUUUGUAGGGAAAACUAUUAAGAUGUGUACAGAGAACAAAACUAUAUUUUCAGUUCUACUUUUGUAUAUAAACAGAAGAUGGUUUAACUGGUAAAACAAACAAAAAAAUUACAAAAAAACAACAACAACACACUCAACCCUCCACCCCUAGGUGGAGUAUUUUGUUUUGUUUUGUUGUUUAUUGUUUUGGAUGCAGAAGAUUUUACACCUUCCUUUUUGUCCUUGAGUGCUUUUUUAAAAACACUUCAACUUUUAACUGCUUAACAUUUUGUUUGUUCACAGUGAUACUAAUGGCAAAGGUUUUGAGUUUUUGAGGUUAUGGGUUCAAGGGACUGCUGCUUCUGGAGAAAACAGAUAACAACAUGGGGAGGGAGCUUUUACUUCUUUGGGGCAGAAUCUGCUGGUUUCCUACACAGGUUCUAUUGAAAAAAAUCAAUCAUGUGACAGUAGGCUGGGUCUUCCUAAGUUUUUUAUCUUUUUUAUUUAUACUGAAAGUAUAAUCUUCAGUUUGCAUAAAUUCCAUAGCAUUCUCUGUGUGACACCUGGCUGUAGCUUUUUGGAAUGUACUUUCAUUUCUAAUUUAUUUUUUUUCUGAAAAUCAGUUCUAAACUUCCUGGUUUCAUCAUCAGACAUGGUACUGUUUUAUUAGCAUAUAUCUUGAACAAAUUCCACUGAAAAGCUUUGCCAGUUGAGGUCUCUGCUGUUUUACAUAAGACAAAAAAGUUUCUUUGUCAUGAAGCCUAACCCUCUGUUGGUAUGGUAACUUUGUACAAAAUCUGGUUUGAAAUUGUCUGGGGUAGAAUUUGCCUUGUUUAAAAUGAGAUUUCCUUAUGUGCAGUGGGAGAGUGCUGAGAAAACACAACCAAUUGCACAUAGGGCUGUUGUGUGUGGCUGAAAUCAAGAGGAUUAUGCCCCUAGAAUCUAGUUUUUAAUAUUCAAGUAAAGAUUCACUGUACUGUGGUAAUUCAGCUUUGACCUGAUACUUAAGUAUAUAUUUUAAAUUCCUCCUAGAUUUACUGAAAAUCAUUUGGUUUGUUGAAUUUCUAUGGUUUACAGUGCAAUCCAAAUAGUCCUAUCAGUACUUAAAAUACAUAAUGUAAUUUGAAAUCAUAUUUUGGAGCUAACAAUGACAGUAAAAUAUGUUAUUUUCUGCAAGCAUAUUUGAACCAUAUGGUCACAUUCUAUGCAUUUUUCUUGGGAAUAAAUCCCACUGCAUUCAGUUGGAUUGGUUUCUAAGUAAGCAUUAAUAGGGUUGGGCUACAUAAGUAGUCCAACACAAUUCUCUUUAAAUUAUGACUAUAAAAGUACUUCCCUUUCUUGCUUCAACUGGAGCAGAAUGUAAAAAUAGUGUAGAUGAGUGUAAUUUUCUCACUCUUAGCAGCUGAAUGAUUAGUGAAUGACUUUAUCAUUCUCCCCUCUGCCACCCACUCAUCCUCCAGCUGUCUAAGGCUUCCGAAGCUAUGUUUGAUUCUUGUUUAACUUUGCAGGUUUUCCUACCUUAAAACAAGCAUUCCUUGUUAGAAAAUUGUCAUUCCAAAAUUGGCAGAUUACUUAAGUGGUUUGUUAUUAAACAAGAAAGUAUGUAAGUAGAGACAGUGGAGCAUUUUUUAAUAACAAAUAUGGAAAAGUAGGAGAGGCUGGGUAGCACUUUUUAUUAAUCUCAAAGCCUGCAUUGGAUUGUAUGUUUGCUUAUCCAUAGGAAGUGUUUUGUAGCUAGCUUUUAAUAUCUGCCAUUGUGAAAGACUCAGGAACAGAUGGGAAGGGAAGAAGUGAAACCAAGCAAGUUUGUCCUUCAUUUAAUGAAAAACUUAGUUUCAAUCAUGUAUGCACAAAUUGGUAUUUUUUAAAACAAAGUUUUGUUUUGAAAGCUACUUUUCCCCUGACAUAUUGAUAACUAUCAACCUUUAAUCAUAAAUUAUAUUUUUUCUUUGUGGCCUCUGAAUGCACACAAUUGGGUUGUUCUGCGCCUGUGUAGGACCUCUCGGAGGUUUCUAGAGUUUAAAGACAUGUGAUUAGUGGGACGUUCCCCCAUGGAGCACGUGCUCUGACCGCCAGAAGUACCCCCAGUUCCUUUUAGCCACCGCUUAGGUUAGACCUAUUUCGGAGAGAGCUAGAGCAACUGAGCAUUUACUGUGAUCGGUAGUUGCUUCUUCUAAUAUUUCAAUCACUUUUUUGUUGGACGUUUCCCUUCUAAAUGGAUUUGUUCUACCUUUGA